CCUGACUCCUCCGUCAUGAAUCUGAUUUCAGCUCUGGAGUCCCGGGGUCCACAGCCCCCACCCUCUGCUUCCUCCCUCCUCUCCCAGUUUCGCACUCCCUCUUGGCAGACUGCAAUGCAUACACCGGCCCCACCAGAGCUCUUUAUUUCAGGGGCACUUCCGGGUUCCAGCUCCUUUGCCUCCACCUCAGCCCUUUCUGCAUACCAGCAUCCUGGCUCCUUCUCUGGGCGAUCUUUCACUCCCUCACUAUCCCUGCAGGACACGCCUACAUUUAGCCCAACUUCCAAUGGUUUGCUAUCCCCCCAUGAUCCCCUGCUGCACAUCAAAACACCCCCCCAAUCCAGCUUGGGUUUUGAUCGCUUACUGUCUUCCCAGAGUGCCACUUACCGGGGCUCCCAGGAGCCCCCGGCCCCCCCUCAGACGCAAGCCCCUUCCACCUCCUCCAGUUGCCACUUGCCCCCUCCCCAGUUCAACCUGUUAUCCUCCCAGAUCCACAACCAGUCCUCCCAGCUCUAUAAUGCGUCCAUGUUCUCCUCUACACCAACCCUGCCGCCUGCAGCCCCCUCUCAGCCCCCACCUCCUCCGGAGAGGGCAGUUUCCCGGCAGGACAGUGUGAUCAAGCAUUACCAACGUUCGUCCCCAGCCCAGUCCUCAGCAGUCCCCCUACAGCAAUAUGUUAGCUGUGGUGGGUCAACGGGGUACCAGCAGAUACCCACCCACCAGCAGCAUGCUGGAGUGUCAUGCAGUCCCCUGGGGGAGCAGAGCCCAUCCUCUGACCCCAAGCCCUCACCACGGAUGGAAUCCCAGACAUAUCGACCUAUCAUCCAAACACCUUACACAUCCUCGUCCUCAAGCUCCUCAGCCUCCUCCUUAUCUGGAUCUAAAGGAGCCAAGAGUGCCAGCUCCAGUAGUGGCUACUCCUCUUCGGGUUCAGCAUCAUCCUCCUCCCGCACCCCACACACUCCACCAUCAGCUUCCUCCACUUCCUCUUCAUCCUCUUCUAGCUCCAAGACAAGCACUGGCUCCUUGUCUGCUCCCUCUCGCCAGCAGCCCACACCUCAGUCUUUGCCAGCACCACCUCCUCUACCAGUGGUGUCAUCCACCCUCAUUAAACAAUCAGUGCCCAAACAAUGCCUCUCCACAUAUGGCUCUACAUCUGUGGCCAACCCUAGCACAGACCUACCAGACCAGACCCCUCCCCAGCAACAUGCUCAGUCCUACUCUCCCAACCAGCCUUCUUCUGCACAUAUGGCCCAGUCUUACGGAAGCUUCAACUCACCUCAUGCCAACGACCUGAGCUCUGAAGCAGGGGGCACUGGAGGGAAGGCCUUUACUAGUGUAGGCACAGGAGGACGCUCGUUCUCUGCAGAGAUAGUCUUUGGGGACUCGAGCUUUGGCUCAGCUUCUCUCACAAGAGCAGGCAGUCCUUCCUUAGGGUAUGGAAGCGCUGGAGGAUCAACAGGAAGUGGACCUGUAUCAGCAGCUGCUGCACUUGGUGUUGGAGUUGGAUCUGCGGGAUCAGGGAGUGGGGCUGCUAGUGUUGGUAAUGGAGGCAGCAGUUCUUACCAUCUGCCUGAGUCUAGUUCCUCACCCUCCAUCAGUUCUACUAUCAGUCGCCCUGGAUUGCACUCUCCUGUUGCUGCUCGCCCUGCACAGUCCCCUGGAGGCUCAGGGGCCUCCAAGUAUUUGUCCUCCAUUCUCUCUCCUGCUUUUAUGUCCUCACCACAAGGUUUCCCUGAUACACGGCAAGCGCAGAGCCAGUCCUACCACUCAUCACCAUCCAAGCCAAAAACUGAGACAAACAUACUAGGAGUUGAGCAAUCCCAAAAUGAGGAAGAGGAUGAUGAUGAUUUCCUCAUCCAUCACUUACUUCAUGCCCAGAGCUCAACUCCCCAUCCUUCCCAGCAUCACCCAUCUCCUCAGCAACUACCCCAGCCGCUCACACAGGCUAGGGAUGGGGAAAGCAAGGGGGUGGCCUAUGGCAUGAAAAAGAUCUCAGAAGAGCGCUAUCACCUGCAGAGUGUCAUUCGUACCAGUAACACUGCCAGCAGUUCAGGUCCUGGAAUGGCAAUUGUUGACACAGCAAGUGGCUUAAACAGUCAGUUGGAAAUAUCACAAAAGAAACAGCAACAGACAGAGUCAGAUUUAACCAUAUCAAAAUCCACUGCUGGAGGGGUAAGAGGGGUCACUGACUCUCUUUCCCACUCUCAUUCUACCCACUCCAAUCAACAACAGCAUGACUCCAUGGGCUCUGUGGUCCAUUAUGGAAGAGGAAUCCCCUAUGCACAGCACCCACACUCCCAGCAUUCCCAUCACACUUCACGUGUGUCCACACACUCUCAGCAAGACCCUCAGCACUCCCAAAUCCCCCAGCAAACUCAUCACACACGGCACAGUUCUCAGCAUGGCCAUCCUCAUUCCCACUCACACCGCCAUCCUCACAUGGAGCUGAAGAAGACUUCAGAUGCAAAUGAAAAUGCGUACCUGUGUAACACACCAGAUGUGCAGCAGACUCGACAAGGCCAGGUCCCACUCUCUCUGUUGGAUUCCACGCCAGACCCUCCCCAUCAAACUCACAUGCUGCAAUCUGUCCUUUCCCAUACAACCCGCACCAAGAUGGACCCCCAGCAAACCCCUCAACAGCAACAGCAACAGCAGCAGCAGCAGCAGCAGCAGCAGCAGCAGCAGCAGCAGCAACAGCAACAUCCUUUGAGCCAGCAGGCCAUGAUGGGGUCAGCCGGAGGAGCAGGGCCUGCUGUGGUGGAAUCCCAUCCACAGAACCAGUCCUCACAGUUGCAACUCCAGCUCCAGACCCAGGGUAUAGACACCCACUACAGCAUUGGGGCCCAGCAAAGAGAUCAAACCCGAGCCAAUCAGAAUUCUGUGUCUCCGCUAGACAUGCUAGACCAAUCUCUUUCCCAGACGAACAGCAGAGACAGCGGAGAGGCUCUGGAAAGAACUGGGGUUGGGGUAACAGUUACAGGGGGGGAGGGAGGUGGUGGGGACAGUCAUAGACAGCAGCACAGACAUACACCACACCACCUUCCCCAACAAACAGCCUCAGAUCUUCAUGACUUCCUUUCGGACCCAGAUUUGGACUUGUCCACCCCCUCACACCUGCAUCACCUCAACCAGCCUGAGGCCCAUACCCACCCUCAUGGCCACCACCAACAGCAAGCACACACUCACCAUCAGCUAUCACACUCUCAGUUAGCUCACCCACACUCCCACCGGAUAGCAGCAAAUAUGAGGACUCCGCAACAACAGCAGCAGGCCCAGCCGAGAGAACCUGAGACCCAGCUGUCACACUCCCCGUUAGACCAGGUCAAACAGCACCAGUUUGACACAGUGAGCCCAGCGGGUAAAGUAGGACAGAAUCAAACUCAGCAGCAGCGGUUUGCAUCUCUGACAUCCAUCUGCUUUCCAGACUCUCUCUUACACGAUGAAGCCCGCUCUUUCUUUCCUGAAAUGGAGGACAUGUUUUGUUCAGCUGAUUACAAGGCAAGCUGUGCUGGGGAAUCUGGGGCAGGACAGGCUGCUCAAGAAAGCCUUACCCAGGUACAGGGGCAGGGGCAAGAGGGUAUGGAGGCCUUAAAAACAGGAGGUGCUGGAGAGGGCUAUGAUAUGGUUGGUCAUCAUAGUAAUCCAGACUAUGGACAGUAUUGCCACAAUCUUCCAGGAACAGGAAAUGGCAAUCUGCACCUAGACCUUGACUCUAUGAAGACCCAUGAACUUCCCUCUACUGUGAAUACUGACCAGCUUGGCCUCAUCCACUCCCAUACUCCCACUAUGGGAUUGAGUUCAGCAGUUCAAGGGGAAGGCACAGUCAACAAGAUGAUGGGAGCUGUGAGAGUGGGUGGAAGUUCAAGCACUACUGGUCUGACCUCACCUAUCUUCUGUUCCUCUCGACCCAAAAAGCUGCUGAAGACCAGCUCAUUUCACUUGCUCAAACAGCGGCGUGAGCCACAACCUCAAACAAAGAAAAACUAUGCGCAAGAGUAUGAAUUUGAAGAUGAUGAGGAUAAAGCUGAUGUUCCAGCUGAUAUUCGCCUUAACAGUCGACGCCUUCCUGACCUGCUCCCUGAUUUGGUGUCUAGUUGUAGGAAGGCUGGUUGGGUGUCAGGAGUAAGUGGGCUCAGUCCACUGAUGGGUGACAUGGACUUCUGCCACCCCACCAGCUAUUCUGCCCUUGGACACCAUCCACAACUCCUUCCCCAUGAUGGCCCCAAGAAAAGAGGCCGGAAACCAACUAAACCAAAACGUGAAGGCCCUCCUCGCCCACGAGGUAGACCACGCAUACGUCCUCUUCCAGAGCCUCCUUACUGCAGGGGGUUGAUGGGAUCAGUGGCUGGAGAAAGUAGGAGGGGUCGUGGGCGUGGUCGAGGGCGAGGGAGGAGGGAGGAAGGGCUUGUGGAAAUGAAUCGAGAUAUGAACAAAGCACAAAGCCUCCCAUAUCAUCAUCAGCAGCAGCAUCGACAGCAACAGUUCAGCCAACAGCAGCAUCACCAACAGCAUCCACACCAACAUCACAGACAGCAGGCAGACCACCACCAAGCACCACAACAACAGCAUCACCUGCAUCAUCAGCAGCAGCAUGUUUCCUUUCCUCACCACCAACCGCGUCAUCAACAGCAUCAUCAUCAACAACAACAGCAACCACCCCAGGAGGCACAGCAAGAUCCAAUCAGACCUAUCAAGAUCAACCUGCCCAUUCCCACCAUGCCUCCAUCCGAAUCCUUGUUGAGGACAGACUCACUGUCCAGCACUGAGCCAGUUUUGUCUGAUGGAUCAUUGGGGUCAGCACCAUCUCUGGGCCUGAGUCCUGGACCCACCACCACCACGGAUAUCAGCAGAAAUGACCUGAACCAGAUGCAAGACACAAUGAUGAAGCAUCAGCAGAAAGCUGGAGAGAUGAUGUGGAAGAAAGACAUUGAUGAUCCACUGAAUCCUGAAGCCUGGGCUGCUAUUCAGAAACUCUCCAGUUCAGCUGAUGAGAAGGCUUUUGACUUCAAACCUGGUUUCGUGGCCUCUUUUCUGGAUUUCCUGAAGACAGGCAAAAAACAAUCUGGUCUCGACCCAAGACAUGAUGGAGGUGAGCAGGAACCCGUUAACCCAGGCUCAUCUUCGGAAGGAGGUAUCAGGCCCUUAUCCCCGCCUCCUCCUGCCCUACCACAGACUCCUCCACAGCAGCCUCCAGGAACAUUCAGCGAGGGAGGGCAGGGCGAGGGGGAAGACCUGGCUCUCAGCAGCUGCCCAAGUCCCUGCAAGCCUCUGGAUGAGGAGCUGAAAAGGAACUUGGAGACACUGCCCUCCUUCUCCUCUGAUGAGGAGGACUCGGUGAGUAAGAACCAGGACCUGCAGAAGAGCAUAUCAUCUGCCAUCUCUGCCCUUUAUGACACCCCACACACUCUGGCUGCUGCAAUGGCUUCUGCCAUGGUCAAGGCCCCACCCACUCUGUCCCCCCCUACCCCACAGGAGCUGCCCCCUCUCCCUGCCAUGCCUCCCCUCAUUCCCAGUAUAGAGAAAGGAAAAGAGGAGGCACUCACUUACACUCAGCAUUGCAUACAGGAUGAGGAAGAGCAAAACCUGGACUCCCCACAUUCAAAUAGAGGAAAAGCAGAGGAGAGGGAGCCUGAGCAAGGAAGAGAGGAGGAAGGGGAGGAGGAGGGAGGAGAGGAGACUGAGAACAAUGAAGGAAUAAUGAGAGAUCCACAGAAUCUACAGCCGGGAGCCCUGGAAGAGCAUGAGGAGAAAGAUGAGAGUAUGUCUGAAAUGCAGAUUUUGGAGGUUCCUAAGAUUGAAGAUUCUGCAUCAGGACCUGUGCUUGCUCCUGCACUUCCAUCUCCAUCACCAUCCAUCUCCCUCUCACCGCCCACCUACUCUUCACCCUCGCCCCUCCCUCCCCUGUGUCUGUUUGUACCCUCGACUCUGCAGAUCCAGCAGGAUGAGAGGGAGGCGAGUCCAACUUAUCCUCCCUCUGAGCAGCAGCAGCAACAGCAGCAGCCCUCCCACCAAUCAGCUCCAACUGCAGGGACUUCCCCACCCCCCUCAUCCCCUCCGGCCAUCCCGUCCUCACCCCUCUCCAACAUUCCCCCAGGUCAGUCAAUCCCCCCUCCGUCAACCACUCCUCCCCCAUCAUCCUCUGAUCAGGACCAGGAACCUGAAGCUGGGCAGCCUUCCCCCUCUUCACUGUCCUCUUCCUCACCCUCUUCAUCGUCUUCUCCACCACCAUCACCUCCAACCCCGGAAGAGGCCCAACCAUCCCAGCGUCUUACCUCCCUCCACCUGGCAAAGAAGCAGGCUGAUGCUGCCAUUGCUGGGGAGAGUGAAGAGGAGGGCAGUGAAAGUGGAGGUGAGGGAAUCUUCCGUGAACGGGACGAGUUUGUGGUUCGAACUGAGGACAUUGGGACUCUUAAGAUGGCCUUGCAGACAGGGCGGGAGCCCCCACCCAUCUGGAGGGUGCAGAAAGCCUUGCUCCAGAAAUUCAGCCCAGAAAUCAAAGAUGGUCAAAGGCAAUUCUGUGCCACCAGUAAUUAUCUUGGCUAUUUUGGUGAUGCCAAAAUGCGCUACCAGCGUUUGUAUGUGAAGUUUUUGGAGAAUGUCAACAAAAAAGAUUAUGUCAGAGUAUGUUCCCGAAAGCCGUGGCAUAGAGCCGGUUUGACUCUGAGGCGGCAGUCACUACCUAAACAACUGCCCACCAUUCACAAUCAAACCCCUCCUCGAGUGGAGAGAGAUGACAGAGACAAGGAGAGACAGAAAGAGAGAGAGCUGAAGGAGCAGAGAGGAAGAGAAAAAGAACAAAGAGAGAGGGAGCACAGGGAAAAAGUAGAAAAAGAGCAUAAGGAGAGAGAAAGGAGAGAGAGAGAGGACAGAGAGCAAAAGGAGAAGGAGAAACACGAGAGGGAGCAGAGAGAGGGGGACAGGAAAGAAAAAGAGAAAGUGGAGAGGGAAAGAGAGGACAGAGAGCAAAAGGAGUGUCAGCGUAGAGAAAAGGAGAAAGAAAUGGAAUGGGAGAAGGAGAGUGAAAGUGAAAGAGGGGAGAGGGAGCAGAAAGAGAGGGAGAAAAUAAAGAAAGAGCAAAAAGAGAGGGAUAGAAAAAACAGAGAGCAAAAAGAGAAGGAGAAACAGGAUAGGGAGUGGAAAGACAGGGAGAGACAGGAAAGAGAACGAAAAGAAAGGGAGAGACAUGAGAGGGAUGAGCAGAGAGAGAAGCAGCAAAAACAGAAAGACAGAGAACAGAAGGUGAGUGAAAAGGACAGAAAGCAGAAAGAAAAGGAGGGAAGAGGGAGGGAGAAAGAGAAAAGAGAGAGAGAGGAGCAAGUGGAGUUUGCAAGAUUGAAGGAGGAGAAGAGAGCAGGAGAGAAGAAGAUAGAGCACCAGUCCAGAGCCAAGACUUCAAAGGUCAAGGCAGAGCCUCCUCCCAAGAAAAGGAAGAAAUGGCAGAGGGAGGUGCCAUCCUCCUCCUCCUCCUCUGAGUCCUCUCCACCCAGUGAUGAAGAAGGGCCUGUGCGAGGUGGAAUUAACAACCGAGCCAUGAGGGAGAUGUUCAGGAGCUAUGUGGAAAUGCUGGUCAGCACAGCACUUGACCCCGACAUGAUCCAAGCACUGGAGGACACUGAUGAUGAGUUAUACCUCCCACCCAUGAGGAAAAUUGAUAGCCUGCUCAGUGAACAGAAGAAGAGUUUGUUGAGGAGAGUCAACAUGAGUGCUCAGCACCAGGAGGCUUUACAUAUAUUCCCCAGAAUGACGGCAGACCCGCUGGAAUCUGGAACUGUCAAAGUUCAUCUUGGUGGGGAGGGCUACAACCGCAAAACUCUCAACCGGAUCAAGAGGAGUAUUCCUAAGCAACAGGAUCUGAGGCUUUCAAUUGAAACUUGCCAGAUCUACAGUCUGUAUCAUUCCCUUCACCACUACAAGUAUCACACCUUCUUGCAUUGUAAGAAGGAGACGGACAGUAUUGAGCAGGCAGCGGAGGACCCCGGCCAGGAGGAGGUGGUGCAGCAGUGCAUGGCUAACCAGGGCUGGCUGGAGAGUCUCUUUAACUCUUUCAUGGAACUGCUUAGCCUCAGUGCCAAACCCUGAAGGAGGACCACAGCCCCAGCCAACCGGACUCACACAUUCACCUGCAGUAUUAAGUAGAUGGAGGCAUCUAGAGUUCGGGAAACAAAAGAAUCACACUACAAAAACCGUAUGGAUGCUAGAAGGGUGAGGUUCCAGCAAGAACAGCCACUGUCGGUUUGUUUAUGUGGGAGGUUUAACUUAUAAAGUAUUUGUUUUAUUAUAGAAUCCAUGUUAAAGUACCUCUUGUUUUCAAGAAAUGUAUUGAAGGUUGGAGAGUAGUGAACUAUGUGAAUGUGAUGGAUUUUCCUCAAUAGUCAACACACACGCACACGCACACACAAACACAAACUGUCUAUAAGUAUGUAUUGAUAACUAUGGUUUGUAUAAUUUAUAAAUUUAUAAAAAUUACUGUCCUAAGAAGGGAUUGUUUGCUGUUAUUAUUUUUGAAAAAUGCUUUAAAGGAGUAUACAUAAAAUGGCCCACCUGCUCCUAUCAGACCGACAGAGGUGAGGUUUAAAAGGACUAUGUGAUAGUCUGUUGUUUUUACCUGCCUCAGUGAGACUGCCAUUGAGACUGAGGGGAAAUGUAUUUAAAACUAAGCUGCAUUCAGUUCUUCAAAAGACAGUGAGAGAAGAUUUCAUCCCUGUAAAGGAACGAAAAAAUAAAGCACAACUUUCUUAACGGAAGUGUGAAAUGAAACAAUCCAAAAGCAUAAAUGUCAGUGUUUAAUGUGAGUCAUUUUUAUCUGUUUGUUGUUAAUUGAUAUUUCCUAUUAUUUGACCUCUCUGGGGAUAUUCUUUCAGAGCAGUUUUGUUGUUUUGACAUGUAAAAAUUGUACAGUUACUUCAUUCUCUAGUUCCCAGUUGCUCUUCUGUACAUGAGAUUCCUGUAUUUGACAUAAUGAAAUAAAACUGU